AUGAUGAAAGAAUCACGUUUUGUUUUUGACACUUUCCAGACAUCACUAGCCACUGUCCAGCGAAAAUUAGACUCUUUAGAAAAAGAACUACGCCAAACCAAACUAGAAAAUGAAAAAUUGCGACGCGAAAAUCAGAGGUUGCAAGCUACUAAUACCCGUUUGGUAUCUGGCUUGGGCGCUAACCAGGAUGAGAAUGAUGAUGACUAUAAUAUAUUGUCGCCGUCUUCUAUAUCAAAGGUUGAUCCAGAAUCUCCAUCUAAAGGGAAUAUAAUGCCGAUGGAUAUAGUAAGUUUGGAGCUGAUCAACAGUCAACCGAAUCAUCAUGAAGCAGAAGAAGUUUGUUCAAUCCAUAUUUUCUCGCAAAGUCUGAAACAAUCUGAAAAUAACAAUAUCGAUUACAAUAAUAAUGAAAAAGAAAAUAUUCAACCUUCGCAAUCACAGCUGUCAUCGCGAAAAGAAGAGGCUGAGGCAUUAGGGCAGGCAAAUGACGAACAAUUGGCUUCUCCGUCAAAUAUUCCUCCCUCUCAACAUAGUAUCGAUUUCAGAAUGGGUAAUAGUUUCCCACUGGUUGUGUUUUCAUCGCAAAUUGAUCUUCCACUAAAUGGCAAUGAUGGCGACUCAGCGCUUAACCUGCAAGAGAGUGUAAUAUCGAAUGAUGAAGUUAACCAAGUGAUAAACCCUAAUAGUAGCCUAAGUGAAAAUAAUAAGUAUCAAAUAAAAACAAGUAUCUUUAAUAUUGACAUGAAUCAGGAAGGAGGAACAGAUGAAAAACAUGAUCUAGGACAUAUUACUUGUGAAGUAGCGGAAAUCUCUCCGGCCAAAGAACUGGAUAAAACUAUCAUCCAAGAAGCCAGGGGGAUGUAUACUCCAUUAACUGAAACAAAAUAUAUACUAGGAAAAAGACCCAAUGAAUUAAUCACUAAUCCCAAAAUUAGUCUUGCAAAGAAAAGGUUGAAGUCUAAUGAUAGGAGGUAUAAAGGGAAGAAGAUUUUGCAAUUCAAAGGCAAUGAUUCCGUCAAAUUCCCAAGCUUAAAAGAGCCCAGCUCACCUUCGCCAAGCAAAAAGAAAAGAACCAUUAUUGGUAAUGAUUCUAUAAUGGAUAAUACAUCAAUGAAUUUUGUUAAUUCUGUGUCGGUACCCGCCCUAUCACCCAUAAUAAAAGAUAAGUUGACAAUUAUGGUCCCAAAGAAUCGAACUCCUACAUUGUUGCCAGACCCAAGAGGUCCAUUCGCCACUGCAGAUUCUCCAAGAAUUUCAAAUCAUAAACCUUCACAGGCUUUACCAGAGUUUCGGAGUCUCAAUAUCGAUCUUAUUGAAGAACUAAUACGUUCCAAGAAACCGAUAAAUCUAACCUUAUGCCCAUUAUCAGGAAAAAAAUGGACUAAUCAAGACUUUAGAAGAAAUGAAGUAGAUAUAGAGGAACACGAGUUUGCCAGGCUACAAAAAAGCGCCUUUGAUGCAGUCUGUGAACGACUUGAAUCUUCUAAUCCUGAAAUAGAUCCGACACUCUGUAUUGGUGACAUUUCAAGUGCAAGUUUUGAUCAACAAGAUGAAGAUGAAAGUAUGGAGGAGAAUGGAACCCCUUGUGAAAAGUGUCAAUACUUGAAAUCUAUUGGAGCAAUGGGUUUGAAAUUAAUGAGUCCGGGAUGGGAUACCACUCAACCCAUCACUAACCGGUAUCGUGAAAUUAUGCUUCCAUGCACCCACAAAGAAGAAAAUAAAGCCGAGAAGCUACGGAAACGCCAAAUAAAGAAAGAAAAACUACAAUUACAAAGAAAUAAGCGUCUUCAAAAACAAGAUAAGGUAUCAGCUUUGCCAGCAACUCCCCCAGGUUUUUUCAGAUCAGAAUUUCCGACAAGUGAAGAACGGAAAAAAGAUCACGAAGAGGUGAUGAGAAGAACAAACAAAGAGGUUGUCUCCAAGUUUCUUGUAGCAAUGGGCGUCGAAGCCAAGGCAUUGUCAAAGAAACAGUCCAAAGUUUUCACCUUCAAAAAUAGAGUAUUCAAUAAUAUUGUUGCAGCAGGGUUGGGAGUAUUUGAUUGGUAUGAAUUGAGAGAAUUAUAUAACUACACAAGUUGA